AUGGAGGCGCUUGAUCUGCAUUUGGAGCUGUUUGCCUUUGGAGCUGCGACUUGCGUGCUGUGCCGUACAAUCGUCCUCACCUUACCUGCAUACUCGAAUACCUUCAACGUUCCAGUGUCCCUCGUUUACAAGCGGCAGGCUCGGCCCGGUUGGAGACCUGGUGGUGAUUGGGCAGUCCACUCGGAGCGCCAGACGCACAGCUGUACAGCGAUUACCGCACGGCCAAAAGCGCCUUUAGGGUAUCGCUGCGCGCUAGGAAUGUCGCCUGGCCAGCCCCGCUGGCCAGGGUCCAAAACGGACCAGGAGGGCAAAGGGCAGACCAUCCGGAUCGCGCGCGUGGGGGGCGUGGCUUGCCCACGCCGUGGGCAUCAAGCGCGGAAUCUGCCACACUCCAUGCGCAUCGGGGGAAACAGCGCGGCAGCAGCCAGAGGGGUAUCUGAAGAGGCCCGCAAGGUCGCUGGAAGACGGACGCAAUGCAAGCCGUACUGCUUCCUUCGUACGACCUACCCUCAGUUACAAGUGGCUCUAUCGUGCAUUCCAGCAGCUGCAGCAGCCGCCCACCGGAACCUCAUCCUGCGGCGCUCACGCCCGGGAUCAGAGCUUUACGACCCGUGGGUCAUCCCCAUCAGCCCUCAACUAGGUCGCCCCCGCCACCAACUCGCCAAAGCCACCUCACCAUCCCCGCACCCGCUGCCGGCCUCCCCGACACCUCCCAGCUGCUACUAG